UAUCGACGUCCUUGGACUCCAAAACUUUCGCGCUCCUUCUGUGUCUCAAUUGGCAAUCGUUCGCUAUUGCACUGUGUUUCAGAGCUUUGAGUAGUACGUAAUAAAAGAAAUGGUGGCCAUGAAUUUGAAAGCGAAAACUAUGUCUCUUAUGGAACAAAGAGAGGCCAUGGAGCGGGAAAUGAACGACAUCAUUGCUCGUCUCUGCCAAUCCGGAGGUCCUGGGAUUUCAGGCAAUCUUGUUGAUGAGGAGGGAUUUCCUCGGUCUGACAUUGACAUUCCAGCUGUGCGGGCAGAUCGCCAUCGUCUUGCUGAACUGCGUAAUGAGCACGAGGACAUCACAGAUAAAAUAAAUGAAAAUUUAAUAGUUUUGCAUUCUGCCAAGGUUGCCCAUAACUCAUCUUUACCUGUCAAAGGAGAAGGAGAGGGAUCUAUUCAAGCCUCAUAUGAUGCCAAUUCCGUUCCAUCUGCCUCUUCAUCUGAUGUUCUUCCAGAAGAUACUGCAAGCACUAUGGACAUGGAUAUGUUUGUCAGCGUACCCUUUGCAGUAGUUGAUGAAAUCACUGAUGGUUCUCCAGCUGCUGAAGAUGGUUUACAACUUGGUGACCGGAUUAUGAAAUUUGGCAAUGUCGGGUCUGGUGAUGGUUUGCUACAAAAGCUUGCUUCUGAAGCUCAGUCAAAUCAAGGCCGUCCAGUCUCUUUGGUAGUUAUGAGGCAGGGUACACAAAUUAACUUGACUGUGACACCAAGAUCUUGGCAAGGCAGGGGUCUGCUGGGAUGUCAUUUCCAACUCUUAUGAUCAAUUCAGUUUUAUGUCAUCGCAUAGAGAAGUGGUUUAAUGGUUUAAGUUCUUUGGGUUUUGUUUUAGACAGAAGCCGCACAUACUGAUCUGAUAGGGAAUUCAAUCCUCUAUGCUAUUGUUUGCAUUGGUUUGAGAUAGUACAAGUACAACAUUCUCUUUAUAGUCUACAGUUGCCAUAGAAAAUGCAAUUGGAUUGUGUGAAA